AUGCAGUUAAAUAUACUACGGACUGUGUCGGUGCUGGUCCAUCGGACUAUCUUGGAACCGCCUAAAGCUGGUGUUUUUAGACACUGUCAAAGCAUAAAGGGAUUAUUAUUUUUGUAUAAUGCUGAAUCCAAAGUAGUGUGGACACAGGGCCGUCCAAAACACUGGCUACCCUUACCGGCUGCCCAAUGUGCUACAAAGGAAUGGAAGUCAUUCAGUGUUCAGUCACCCUUACUUGGGGUCCUUCACCAUAAGAAAUGGGAGCAAAAUAUGUUAUCCAAAAGGGUUAUAUCUAAAGCAACAUCAACAGGAAUUCCCACAGGAAAAAAAGAAGAACCUGAUCCUUUACAAGACAAGUCUAUUAGUCUAUAUCAGCGAUUUAAGAAAAUGUUUAGACAAUAUGGAAAAGUUUUGAUUCCAGUACACCUAAUAACUUCUGGCAUUUGGUUUGGAACAUUUUACUAUGCAGCCAUAAAAGGAGUGAAUGUUGUUCCUUUUCUAGAACUCCUUGGGUUGCCUGACAGCAUAGUCAACAUUCUCAAAAACUCCCAGAGUGGGAAUGCAUUAACAGCAUACGCCUUGUUUAAGAUUGCAACUCCUGCCCGAUACACUGUGACUUUGGGAGGAACAUCCUUCACUGUGAAGUAUUUACGAAGUCAUGGCUACAUGUCAACUCCUCCUCCAGUGAAGGAGUAUCUACAGGACAGGAUGGAAGAGACCAAGGAGCUUCUCACAGAGAAAAUGGAAGAAACAAAAGACAGACUCACUGAAAAAUUACAGGAAACCAAAGAAAAGGUUUCUUUUAAGAAAAAAGUGGAAUAA